GAGCAGGACAACCUGACGGACGCGGAGGAGCGCUGCGACCAGCUGAUCAAGAACAAGAUCCAGCUGGAGGCCAAGGUGAAGGAGCUGACGGAGCGGCUGGAGGACGAGGAGGAGAUGAACGCCGAGCUGACGGCCAAGAAGAGGAAGCUGGAGGACGAGUGCUCGGAGCUGAAGAAGGACAUCGACGACCUGGAGCUGACGUUGGCCAAGGUGGAGAAGGAGAAACACGCCACCGAGAACAAGGUCAAGAACCUGACGGAGGAGAUGGCCGGCCUGGACGAGACCAUCGCCAAGCUGACGAAGGAGAAGAAGGCCCUGCAGGAAGCCCACCAGCAAGCCCUGGAUGACCUGCAGGCCGAGGAAGACAAGGUCAACACCUUGACGAAGGCCAAAGUCAAGCUGGAGCAGCAGGCGGACGACCUCGAGGGCUCCUUGGAGCAGGAGAAGAAGGUCCGGAUGGACCUGGAGCGGGCCAAGAGGAAGCUGGAAGGUGACUUGAAGCUGACCCAGGAGAACAUCAUGGACCUGGAGAACGACAAGCAGCAGCUGGAGGAGAAGCUGAAGAAGUGA